AUGGAGCUUGGCAGUCCUGACGGGGAGAAUGCGUGGUCUACUGUGCUGACCACAAUUUCCAGCAAGCAGGCCAACGACGGCGACGAGGAGCAGGCAGCGGUGACGGUGCCUACCGAGGCUACGCAGAGCUCGGUAGAGGAUAGUAAGCCAAAGACACCGCCAGUGACAGCGCAUACACGCGGGCUAACCAGCACGCUGAGCGGGCGGCGGCAGCGUCACGAGUCGCUGGCUGCGCACGAGUACCAGUCGUCAUCACCGGCCAGCACGGCGCCCGACACCGACAGCCCGUACUCGCGGGCAUACUCCAACAUGUACGAGUCGCAGAUACUCACCAGCACACCGCCGCGACGGGACAGUAGAGGGCAGUGGCAGGCGCAGCAGCAGGCGACCAAUGCAAUGGACUCGGAGCUCCACGAUGAUUCGCCACCCCCCGACUCGUUCCUAAUCGAAGUGCACGACGGCUCACCGACGCAGGCUAGGCCAGGAAAGGCUAAAGGGCAGAAGAGGGAGGCAUUUGGCGACGGACGGAUGUUUUCGAUUGCAGAGGAGCAGCAGCAUCAGCAGCAUCAGCAGCCGCAGUCGCAGCCAAGUGCCUGGCGCAGGGGCAGGCGGCGGGUAGACAAGAAGCUGAGCUACAAGGAGCGCGCAUUGCAGGCAUGGCGCGACUCGCGGCACCUGGACGAGUUUUUUGGGCGGGUGUAUGCGUACUACAUCGGCAAGGGAGCGCUGAACAUAAUUCUGUCGCGGGUGCUGCACCUGGCAACGCUGGCGUUUGUUGUGGCACUGAGCACGUUUGUGUUUGGGUGCGUGGACCACAAGCUGGUGCGGGAGCAAAAGUCGCUGGCGGCAGUGGUGAUUCCGCAAUGCACCAGCAAGUUCUCGUGGCCGGCGACCGCAUUUCUGUGGGGGUUUGCCGUGUUUUGGCUGGCGCAGCUGGUGCGGACCGCCAUGGAGGUGCCUGCGCUGCUGGAGAUCCGGGCAUUUUUCACCGAGGCGCUGGACGUGUCGCCUGCAGACAUCAAUACAGUAGCAUGGCACGAGAUAGUCAGCCGCAUGGUCAAGCUGCGUGACGCGGAGAUCAGCCAGUACAAGGACAUGACCAAGAGCCGUGUGCUCAACUACCGGCUGACGGCCGACAACAUCGUCAACCGCAUAAUGCGGCGCGAAAACUACAUGAUUGCGCUGUUCAACAAGGAUGUCCUGGACCUGCGGAUCCCGGGCCUCGGCCAAACGCCGGUGCUGACCAAGGCGCUGGAGUGGAACCUGUCGUUCUGCCUGAUGAGCUACGUGUUCGAUGAACGCGGGCAGGUGCGGCGGCGGUUCCUGAAGGAGUCGAACCGGGAGAUUCUCAGCGAGGGGCUGCGCAGGCGGUUCAAGUUCAUGGCAGUGAUCAACCUGGUGUUUGCGCCGUUCAUUGUGAUGUUCCUUGUGCUGUACGGGUUCUUCCGGUACUUUGAAGAAGUGUACCACGAGCCCGGCACCAUCAUGUCGCGGGCAUUCACACCGCUGGCGAAAUGGCGGGUGCGCAACUUCAAUGAGGUGCCGCACUCGUUCCGGCGGCGGGUCAACAUGGCGCACCCUAAAGCGACGCUGUAUCUCGCGCAGUUCAAGAACGAGGCGGUGAUUAGCCUGGCGCGAUUCGUGACAUUCAUCGCCGGGUCGGUCACGGCGCUGCUGAUUCUGUUCACGGUGGUGGACAAUGAGCUGAGCCUGGAGUUUGAGAUCACGCGGCACCGCACAGUGCUGUUCUACCUGGGGCUGUUUGGUACGCAGGAGAAGCUGCACCCGGCGUGGAUCAUCCAUGAUGCGCUGGAGGACCUGCAGUACAUGGAACCCGGGUGGCGCGGCAAACUGGAUACGACCCAGGUGCGCCACGAGUUCGAGCGGCUGUUCGACUACAGGCUGGUGAUAUUUGCCCACGAGCUGCUGGGCGUCAUCACGGCGCCGUUCGUCAUGCUGGUGUCGCUGCCGCGCAGCGCUGGCCAGGUAGUGGAUCUGUUCCGCGAGUUCUCGGUGCACGUCGACCACCUGGGGUACGUCUGCAGCUUCGCCAUCUUCGAUUUUGAGCGCAACGGCAACGUCAAUUUCUCGGCGCCCACGCGCACAGCCAACGCAAACCUUGCCUCGAAGAACGGCAAAAUGGAGCAGUCGUUCCUGCACUUCAAGGCCGAGUAUCCGGACUGGGAGCCGCGCGACCAGGCAGGCUCGAUCUACCUGCAGCGCGCGCAGAACGCGGCUGCGCAGCAGCAGGAGCUCUGGCGGGCCGGGUGGCAGGCGCGGCUUCUGCAGCAGCAGCGCAUGGCCGGGUCGGUGUUCCCGACGGGCGCCAGCAUCUAUCGGCCAAAGGCGAGCCAGCAGGGGCGGUCGCAGUAUCCGUUCCGGGCGUUUGCGCAGAACGCCAUGCAGAGCACGAUGGCAUCGCAGGCCAUGCUGCCGUUUGGCCCGACCCUGGGCGGUGCGCCGAUCGUAUCGGGCAAGAGCAAGGGCAAGGGCAAGGGCAAGGAGCCAGAGGACCAGGAGGCUGCGGACCGGCUGGAAUUGUCGGCGUUGCCGCUGGUUGCGUCGCCGGAGCUGGGCAAUUCACUGAACAUGUCAAUGUAUGCGGGCGACCGGCCGGCUGGGUUUGGCGGCAUCCUGUCGAUUGUCAACCAGCUCUACGAGCAGCAGAUGAUGUAG